AUGGAUGUGUGUUACUCAGACCGUUAUCGCAAUUCAUGGAUGUAUAAUGCUGAGAGCGUUAAUUACAAUUCAUGGAUGUAUGAUUUUCAGACCGUUAAUACAAUUCAUGGAUGUAUGAUACUCAGACCGUUAACACAAUUCAUGGAUGUGUUACUCAGACCGUUAACACAAUUCAUGGAUGUGUGUUACUCAGACCGUUAUCGCAAUUCAUGGAUGUAUAAUGCUGAGAGCGUUAAUUACAAUUCAUGGAUGUAUGAUUCUCAGACCGUUAACACAAUUCAUGGAUGUAUGAUUCUCAGACCGUUAACACAAUUCAUGGAUGUGUGUUACUCAGACCGUUAUCGCAAUUCAUGGAUGUAUAAUGCUGAGAGCGUUAAUCACAAUUCAUGGAUGUAUGAUACUCAGACCGUUAACACAAUUCAUGGAUGUGUGUUACUCAGACCGUUAUCGCAAUUCAUGGAUGUAUAA